AUGUGGCUUGAUCGACGUCCCGGCCAGCAUCCAGGAAGCGCAGCUCCUCCGCCGAACAACCGCUCCGUCUCGCCGCUGCCCCAACGCACCAGCUCGCGCGGUCCAUAUCUUGCCCCCCAGAGGCCUGGACUGAACACAAGAGGGUCUUCUGCUUUGUCUCUGGUCUCGAACGACUCGUCGUCUUCCCUCCUCGCCUCGGCCAAGAAAGUCAAUGGCUCCUCCUUGAGGCAGUCCUCUACCGUGGACGAUGCGCCAGAUCCCGAAGAGGUCCUGGCUAGGAUUCUAGGCCACUUUCCCAGUAGCAAUACCACACAACAACCGGCCAGCGGCAUCACCGAAGAUGACCUGGACUUUGACGUUGACUUUGGCGGCUUGACCCUGACUGAGCUCGCCGGCCCUGACGUCAGUUCGCGCCAAGUCGACAACUACAAGCCCCAAAGUGUUCAAGAUUAUGAGCGAGACAAGGCCAAAUUCGAGGACCUACAUCGGUCCAUCCGCGCAUGCGAUGACAUCCUGAGCUCCGUCGAAUCCAACCUCACCAACUUUCGCAAUGACCUAGCUGCUGUGUCAGCCGAUAUUGAAAGCCUCCAGGCGCGAUCCCAAGCUCUUAAUGUGAGACUGGAAAACCGAAAGGCUGUAGAAAAGGGUUUGGGACCCUUGGUGGACGAGCUGAGCGUCUCUCCUCUCGUAAUAACAACGAUUGUCGAAGGUCAUAUCGACGAAACAUGGGUGAAGGUCUUGGCCGAAGUGGACAAGAGAGCCAUGGCUCAUAAGAAGAAUGCGCAACAACCACAGAGCAAAGCGUUGGCUGAUGUCGGUCCAUUGCUGGAAAAGCUCAUCCUCAAGGCUAUUGAACGCAUACGGGACUUCUUGGUUGCGCAAAUCAAAGCAAUGCGGUCGCCUCACAUCAACGCCCAGAUCAUUCAACAGCAGAAUUUCCUCCGGUUCAAGGAUCUAUUCGCGUUCCUCCAAAAACAUCAACCCACACUCGCCGGCGAGAUAUGUCAGGCCUAUAUGAACACCAUGCGGUGGUAUUAUUUGAACCAGUUUACCCGCUACAAACAGUCCUUGGACAAGCUGAAGCUACACAUUAUCGAUAAAAACGACGCAAUGGGACACGAGGACACUUCUCGAAGAACGACUGUCUUGUCUGGAUCCAAGCUUGGAGGCGUGCCCCAUGACGCCUUUAGCAUCGGCCGAAGGAACGAAUUGCUCAAGACUAAGGAUCAGAUAGCCAUGUCAUCUUACCUGGCCGACGAGGACCAGACCACACAUUAUCUUGAGGUUCCGUUUCGCAACUUCAACCUUGCCCUGGUCGACAACGCCACGGCAGAGUACACAUUUCUCGUGUCCUUCUUCAGCCCGGCGCUAUCGCUUGCGGUCGUCUCGCGCCACUUUAACUACAUCUUCGAUCCGACCUUUGCCCUUGGGCAAGCCCUCACCAAGCAGCUUGUGUCAGACACAUAUGACGGACUCGGUCUACUGCUAUGCGUGCGUCUGAACCAGCACUUUGCCUUUGAAUUACAACGGCGCCGAGUUCCCGUUGUAGAUGGCUACAUCAACGGCACCGCCAUGGUGUUGUGGCCACGUCUGCAGAGCGUCAUGGACGCCCAUUGCGAAUCAGUCAAGGCUCUGACUUCUGCGCUCCCCAACAAGGCCGGGUCCGCUUCCCAAGCAAAGACAGCCUCGGCGGCUCCGCACGUCGUAACCCAGCGAUUCGGGCAAUUCCUUCACGGCGUGCUUGCCCUGAGUACCGAAGCAGGGGAUGAUGAGCCGAUCGUCAGCAGUCUACACAGACUGCGUAUCGAGGUGGAGGCGUUCCUGGCCAAGUAUAGCCAGGCGCAACUGGGAGCGGAUGCGAGAAAACGGGACAGGUUCCUGUAUAAUAAUUACAGCUUGAUUUUGACUAUCAUCAGCGAUGUGAGCGGCAAGCUUGCGACGGAACAACAGGACCACUUUGAGUCACUUAAGGCGAGCGUACAAGAGAAUAUCUAG